CCUGGGCUCCAGAGUCCCUCUGCCGGCGUUUCUUACACCGGCUUCCACCAGCGCCCAUCUCGUCUCUUGAACUGAACGUGGGAGGAAGAGCUACUCUUCUGCGGGCAGGAGGCUUGAGCUUCCCGCGCUCUCCCCCCCUCUUUUGCGCUUUGGAGCUGCCCGUUGCGUCAGUGCCGGCUGAAGGCGUGAGCCGUGCCUUGUGCCGGCUUGAGCUCCCGUCUGCGGCAGUGAGCGGCGUCCGCGUGCGUGUGCUGAGGAGGCUGGUGUGAGCUGCCGCCCUGCUGGGAUUCCCUUGCUGCUCCUCGUUCCCCGAGGGUGUGUGUGAGUGCUCGUGCGCCCCUGUUCCUCCGUCUCCGUAAGGCUGCGCGGCAGCUCCGCUUGAGCUUGUGACCUCAUUCUCGCCAGGGGGCUCGUUUCCCCGGUUCUCCGGUUGUCCUCGCCCGGUUCCCCGAGGGCAGCGUUAUUAUGUAUCAGAGCCCCGCUCGGUCCCUGUGCUCGGCCCUCUCCAACCUCUGCUGCGCGCCUUCCUCCGCCACCUCCUCGACGCUGCUGCUCCGGUCUCCGGCUCCAGUCAAGAGAGCCCUCUCCCCGCCUGCCAUCCUUGCAUCUUCCGCCGCCGUCACCGCCGCCCCUCACUACGGCUGCUCUGCGGCUGUAAGCUCGGGGGCUGCGAAUUCCCAAGCAGGUGAGUGCCUAGAACCCUCGGGGGCGCCGAACGUUCCAUGGAUGGAACGCUGGGUUUCGGACGUUCUAAUAAAGACGCGGGGUGGGGGCUGAUCAGUCGAGAGAUGGUUGCUAAAGGGGUACAGGUAAUCUAACGAGUUCGUCUCCUGCAUAGUGGGGGCGUGUGGGGCCUUACCUCUAAGUGGCAUCAUCAUUUGUCUGUAUCUUAUCAAUCCUUACAGUAACCUUGUGAGGUAGGUCACCGUUCCGUUUUACCCAUGGAUAGCUUGAAGUGAGUUUUCCAAGCCAGAUCUGUGGAGCCCACGGUCUACCACGCUUUCCACUAUGCUAAGCUCUGGGAUGGUUUCUUAAAAUAAAAAAAAAAAUAUCCAGAGUACAUUUUGCUCUACUUUUGUCUUGGGUGAAGGCUGGACACAUGCUAGAUACAAGGCUUCUGAUUUAUUUAAAAAAUAUAUUAUUAAUGAGGAGGCAGCCGUCAGCCUUAUUUAUUAAGUAAAUGAACUCAAGACAGUCUUAAACUGGCAGCUGAUUCAUUAAAAGCUGCUGCUUCCAGAAAGUCAGUGAAUGGGAUCUUAUGCCAGGCAUAUAUUACAUACCCUGUAGGCAGCACUCUCAGUUUUACCACCUUGUUGAGAUAAGUUUUUGCAUCCUUGAUUAAUUCUCCAAGUUACCUCUGCUCUGAGAAAAGCAUGUGCUGCUUGGGGAUUUCAAGGAGUGAUUUUUGCAUGUUACCCCUCUAACUAUGCCAGAGUUCCUAUUAAUCAUUAUUUGUGCCCAGGGAAAAGCAGUAUGCCGUAUCCUGCUCUUUAGCUCCUUCCCCACAGAAAAUAUUUCUGUUUAAUUUUCAAAAAGACGCUGAGGAAAUCUACGGUGCCGUACCUGAGUGUAGGUGCACAUUUGGGUUGUAAAAAGUAAUGUGAUGCUUCGGAGAACAUUUUCGAGAAACUAUAACGUGUUCUCCUCUGCUGUAGUUUGCCAACUCAUUUGUGCACAGCAUGUCAUCCUUUCCAUGUGCACAAUGAUUAAUGGUUUUAAGGAACUGAAAUUCGUCUUGACUUGAAAGCCGAUGCUCACUACGGGUUGUUAAAAGUAUUUGCUAAAAAUGCAGAGAUGGAACAGGAUCGGAAAAGGUCAACCAAAAUGUUCGAGGGGGUGGAGCAACUUCCCCUACGGGUGAAAGUUUACAGUGCCUGUGGCUCUUCAGUUUAGAGAUAAGGUGAUUAAGAAGAGGCAUGAUGAAGGUAUAUCAAAUUACACAUGAGGGGGUAGAGAAAGUGGACAGAGGAGUUUUUCUCUCUCAUAGAUAACAAUGGAACAUCCAGUGCAGCUGAAUGUUGGAAGAUUCAGGACAGACAGCAGAAAGUACUUCUCACAGCACAUUGUUAAACUAUGAAACUCCUUCCCACAGGAGGCAAUUAUGGCCGGCCAGCUUGUAUGGAUUUUUUUAAAGGGCUAGACAAAUUCAUGGAGGAUAAAGCCAUGUUCUACCUCCACGUCCAGAGGCAGUGUGCUGGAAACCACAGAAGGGGAGAGUGCUGUUGCACUUAAGUCCUGUUGGUGGACUUCCCAUAGGCCAAUGGCCUGAUCCUGCAGGCUGUUCUCAUGUUCUUAUGUGUCUUGGCAUCAUGUCCUGCUUGUGAAUUUCCUUCCUAGAGGUGUCUGGUUUUUCUACUAGAUUUAAGAUGGGCCUUUGGUUUGACCCAGCAGGAAUGCUCUUAGGUUCUUAUUGGCUUUCUUGGUAUUUAAACUGAGGAGUGAGAGCAAUUGCACUAUAUAAAUUAUGAUGAACUGAGACUGCUUGAAAAUCUGCUUCACAACAAGCAUCUGCCUUUCACUUCCCUUACUACUGUUUCUUAGCUCAUCAGCCUUUCAGAUGGUCUACAUGAAAGCUGAGCAAGAAAUAGUUUGUCUGACGUAGUAAUCUGCCUGCGGGACAGUCCAAUGUACAUUGGGAUCUCUUGGAUGGGGCAAAGUGUACGCAAGCACAGGAGAUGCUCCUGUUUCCAUCACCGCAGCUGUUGUUGGCCUACAAUUCAACUAGCUCAGCAUUCCCUAUUUUGGACCAGCGGCGGAGCUUCAUGCUCCGGCACCAGGGGCGGAGAGCAGGCAGCGGGGCUGGCGUGCGUCCUGGGGGCUGGGUGCCCCACCCGUAGGGGUUUGGCGCCCAGCACAGGCGGGGGGAGCAGCCGUAAUUGCACCCCGCUGGGAUCUCGCUGCCGGGGGCGGUGCGCUCCCCCCGCACUCCUCUUCCUCCGCCAGUGUUUUGGACUACAGUUUCCAUCAGCCCCAGUUGGUCAGGGAUGAUGGCAGUUGGAGUUCAACAAUAUCUGGAGGUCACCAGGUUGGGAAACCCUAGCCUUGUUACUUGAACUCUGAAAAAUCUCAUAACCAUCAAUGGAACCUUUUUAAAAGGCUUGUGAUGCAGUCCUCUGCAUGCGUGUCUGCACAGAAAUAAGCCCCUAUUAAGUUCAUUGUGGAUCAGUGUGUAUACGAUUGCAGCCUCCAUUUGCAAUUCAGAAGAUUCCCCCACCUUUUAGUGCUAACUAAUGCCAGCUAAGCCAGUAACAUUCAACCUAAGCAGAAAGAUCUUGGGUUCUCUUUAACCUGCUUGGGUCUAGGUGUUGGUAAGCUUCUUAGGGUACCUCAAUCAUUCACUGAGAACGCAUCUAAUAUAAGAAGAUCAUUGCUGAAUUCAGCCAAAGGCCCAUCUGAUCCUGUACGCUGGUUCUAGCAUUGGCCAGCCGGAUGCCAAUGGGAAGCUUUCAAGUAGGACUCAAGGGCAACAGCAUUCUUUCAACUUGUGAUCCUCAGAAAGUUGUGUUCUGUGUACAGUAAGCCCACAGCUUACGCAGGGAUUAUGUUCCAGGGAUCGCACCUGCAGCCAGAAUCGCAUAUAGUCAAAACCCAUUGGGUUCAAUGGCGGGUAGGAUUGCCAGAGUCAUUUCCCCCAGAAUCCUGCUCCCUUUCUGUUUUUUAUUUUUCCUUUGCCACUUCAGUCCAUUGCUGAAAUGUGGGUCUUUGUAAUGUUAAAAUGGACCUACUUUUUGGCCACUAACAUUCACAGAAAAAGAUGCUUAAAACAGGAGUGCCCUGAAUCCAUGUAUGCAGUUUUUCAUCAAUUUUUUUGGAAGUCUGCCUCUUUUGUAACUUAGGUUUGGAAAGUUUCUUAGUUGUCGUCCCCCCUCCCCCGAAGUUGAGUCAUACUUGAGAAAACCUAGCUAUUUGGAGCUAAGGCUUCUUGUCAUUUUCUCACCCACAUUGCUGGCAAGGGAGAGGGUUUUUUCCCCUGGUGAAUUUGCCACUUUCUCUCACAAAUGUUGUAAGAGAAGAGGGUUGAAAAAUCUGCAAUAAAGCUGCAAUCAUAGUGCCAUUUAUGUAACCACAGAGGAGUCCUACCUAUAUCCAUUUGAACUACCUUAGUUUGAGAACUGUGGAUCAGCCUAUGCUUCUUAUCUUCCUUCCUUAUUUCCCUCUGUUAUAAAUCACUAGAUCACUAUGACCACGGCCAUAUCUCAGUGAUGAGGUACAUGCUCUGCAAGCAGAAGAUCACAGGUUCAGUCUUUAGCAUACCAAGUUUUAAAAGUAUUUGGUAGUGGCGAGAAAGGUGGUCUGCCUGCGAUGCUGUGGUCUCUGUAGACAAUGCUGGAAUCGAUGGUCCAAUUGAAUAGCCUGACCUGGUACGAGAGGGUGUUGUCUGGUCCUUGGACUAACCGAGAGGUGUUUUAGAGAGACAUCAAUAUCCUAACAUUUCCCUACAUUUAUUAUCUUCACGCUCAAAACCCAUGAAGCCCUUUGAAAUCUGCAGAGGUCUUGUGAUUUGGUUUCGUGGAACAUGAGUUGCUCAUUGUGAAAGCAUGUGAGGGGGAGAGGAUGAGACAAAAGUGCAAUACAGCAUUUCAGUUUCAGACAGGAAGCAAUGGAUUUGCAUUUUGUUUCUUAAAAAAACACACAGAGUGGUAUGUGACGAAAAUGUACUUGGAACAGACUCACUGAAAUCAGUUAGCCACGAUGUCCAUGUUUUAAUUGGGUCUACUCUUGAGUAUGACUUAGGCUCCAUCUUCUGCACUACCCAUUUAAAGCAGUAUUAAAGCAAGUUAAGCAGUCAUUGCUCCCCACAAAGAAUUCUGGGUACUGUAGUUAGUUAAGGGUGCUGAGAGGAGUUAGGAGGCUCCUAUUCCCUUCCCAGAGCUACAAUCUGUGUAGUGGUUCGACAUAUUUUCUACCCGUGCCAUGCUGCGGAUGUAAACAGGGCUGUUGGAGGUCAAGCAGCUCAUUCACCAGUUUUCCCCCAAAAAGGGAGAGUGAAGGCUAGGAAUGCUCUUGGGUUUAAGAUACUGCAUCCAGCCAAAUUGUUGUCUGGCUGGGUCUAAUUGGGCCCAGUAAGAUCCACAAAACAGAGAGAGUCCUGAUUGGUUCCAGGGUUUUAGAUCAGGCAUAGGCAAACUUGGCCCUCCAGAUAUUUUGGGACUACAACUCCCAUCAUCCGUGACCACUGGUACUGUUAGCUAGGGAUUAUGGGAGUUGUAGUCCCAAAACAUCUGGAGGGCCGAGCUUGCCUAUGCCUUUUUUAGAGAAUCCCCUUGUGGUCCAAUGUUCAUUAGGAGGGCAAGCCCAUCCUUGGGACAUUCUGUCAUCCCCUGGCAAUCCAUGAUGCUUGGGACCAGCAUGUUCAGGUUUAGAGUUCCACCCUUAUCUGGAAAUGCUGUUGAACUGAUUGCAACUUGAGGUUUGUGUGUGUGUUUACAUACAUAGCAUAUUAUAGGUAUGACUUAGGUUGUCAGCCUAGGCCCACUUACUAGGGGAAGAGCCCCAUUGAGCUCAGCUGUAUUUACUUAUGAGCAAGCAUGCUGAUUGCAGUGUUAAACACAGUGUGUCAAGUGGCUCUAACGGCUGCCGGUGUGGGCGCAGGAGUGCUGGGUCAAUCUCUUGAUAUUGGCAUUCUGCGCGGAAUCUACUGUCGUUACAUCAGCAUUAUUGAUUGACUUGCUGUAGCUGACAUAGCCAUGAUUACACAACCUGCCUGGCCAAUUCUUUUGCCUCAAGGUUAGAUAGAAGUAGCUCAGUAGUUCCUGGUGGACUUUUCAUUUCCUAGGUUCCCCUCUAGAGCUUUGCUCAUAACUGGCUACCCAGAUAUUGAGUUGUAACAAAGCAAGCAGUAAUAAUAAUGUCAAAACGAAGAGCAGAUAGCAAGCUAUGUGGAAUCUACUCCUAUCAGGGCAACUUGCAUGUUCUUAGGAAGAUCGCUGUGCUUUGCUUACUGAGGGAAGCUGCUGCUGCAGCCGUGCUGUGUUGCAAUGCAGCAGCAUUUCCCAAGCAGUUUAUUUCCAGGGGAGAAGCCAUGUUAGCCACCUUAAAGCCUGGCAAGAUUUCAUGGACUUCAGUCCAAUUUGCCACCAGAUGCUCAAACUGUUUCCCUACAUUACAGGUAUAUACUUUGGGGAGGAGGGAAAUACAAACAGCAAUGUCAAGAAAGAAACAAAAUGCACAGAAGUACAGGUGGCAAUAAUUUUUUAAUUAAUGGUGCUUUGCAGUACAGUGGUUAACUCUACACCCCUGGCGUUGGUUAGCUAAUUUGCACACACAAUUUCCUACAAAUCCUUUGCGCCAGUCCAGUCUACAAGUGAUUCCACAGACCCUCUUGAAGUAGUAAUUGAGCAGUUAGACAUUGGAGUCUUCCUUUAAAGUUCGUUUGCCUCAGGAAGGCAACUCAUAGGUCUCAUGCAGAUUGUCCUAGGAGGUUGAAACGCCCCUCCCCCACACACACCUAUUGCCAUUUCUUAUGUCAGAUUUGUGUCCAUUUGUAUGAUUGAGCUGAGCACCAUGAUUUGCAGAAAACGGAUUGGAUUCUGGUUGCAGGUUGUGCGGCUACACCAAAUGGGAGAAAAACACCCCCAAGAUAUUGCAGCAACUCAGGGUGAUUCAGCAUGAUUCUGUUACCUGCAGUUACAAAAGCAAAUUCUUGGUCUGAGGAGGAGAGGAAGGACAGUUGUUCUACUGUGUGCAAUCCUGUGUAUGUUGUUGCUCCAAAGAUCCUCUUUGGGCCGUUGCUGCCAGAAAAUGUGUAUAUUAACUACAGACUCUGCACAAAGGGAAGGAGGCAGGCAAAAGAUAAUGAGGGAGAAGCACAGAUGAAAAUGUCCAGGCAACAUGCACAAGAUGUCUCAGAACUACAGGAUUGGUUGUUUUUGUCAUUUGCUUUGCAAUGUACAGUGGUACCUCGGGUUACAUACGCUUCAGGUUACAGACUCCGCUAACCCAGAAAUAGUACCUCGGGUUAAGAACUUUGCUUCAGGAUAAGAACAGAAAUCGGGCUCUGGCGGCACGGCAGCAGCAGGAGGCCCCAUUAGCUAAAGUGGUGCUUCAGGUUAAGAACAGUUUCAGGUUAAGAACGGACCUCCGGAACAAAUUAAGUACUUAACCCGAGGUACCACUGUACUUUGGGAACAACCCAUUGCAGGCACCCAGGGUAGUAAGCAGUUUAUACCUUUCAGGAUUACUUCAGCAAUGCAAACAAGCUGGGAUAGUAUUAUGCACAUACUGUCUCUUUACUGAUUGAAUAUUUUAUAUACUGCCUGUCUUGAAAGCUUCUCCAGGCAGCAUUGCAGUAGCAAUAUAAAUUGCAGUAUGAAACAUUACAGCACAAAUGCAAUAAAAUUAAAAUCCAAGUGCAAUCAGUAGUCCAAAUAAAUCAGAACUUGUAACGACUGGCAUUGGGAACCAACAAGGCCAAGUUAAAUAAAGAGGCCCUAACUGGAGUUAAUACCUGCUGUAUGGAAUGCUAUGUGUAGUCUUGGCUUCUAGGGAACCCCAAUAGGUCCUCAAAGUUCCUUCAUUACUUUCCCUGAUCAGAAAAAAGCAGUCCGCCAUUUAGGUCACUAGUCUUCAGCUCUUGAGUUGGGACCCACAAGUGGCGUUUCCACUUUCCCAGAGUGGAUCACUGCUGAGUUUUGGGUCAUUUUGUGGUGGGUGUAUAAAAAAUAAAGUGAAGGAGGUUUGUAACUUUGGGGAAGGACUGGUAGCUCAGCAGUGGACUCCCUGCUUUGCGUGCAGAAGGUUCUGGGUUCAGUCUCUUGCAUCUCCAGGUAGGACUGCUGCCAGUCGUGCAGGUAAUACUGAGCUAGGUGGAGCAAUGAUCUGACUUAAAGGCAGCUUCCUGUGUAGGACUGGAAGGAAGGAAGAUGGAGAAAUGCAGAGGAGAGAGAAGGAAACACACACACGCUCUCUCUGCCAAAGUAGGUCAAAGCUGGGGCAAAAGUGCCAUCUCAUAUUUGAAAAGUUGAAGACAUUAAAAUGCUGGGACUCUGUACCCACUUUCCUGGGGCCCCUUGAACUCAGUGGGGCUUGCUUGUGAGUAGAAGUGUCUGGAGUUGUGCUGUGAACCAGCAAUUCCCUCUCCAGAGUGCACAUUCCAAGCCUAGGUGUGUUGCUAAAGUUUUAACAUGUUCAUAAAGCACCAUCUCAUGCAAGAGCCAAUGAACUUUCUGGAAUUUAGUUGAAAGGGCAAUAAUGAUAGAAAAUCUGCUUACUCACUAAAGGCAUGCUAGAAAGUGGUUGCGUAAGGGGACUGCUAAGGCGUUAACGGGCAGGAGUGCUUGUCUUGUUAUAUAAGUCAGGGGGAUCUGAGUUGCACGGUACAAAGAGCAAGCAGGAGCUGUGCAUUUCCUGUCAAGGAGGCCAGUGUGAAGUGCAGCCUGCGUGCUUUUUUCUCUUCAUAGGCGACACUGUUCAAUCUCCUGGUGGAUUACUGAGUGGGCGAGGGAACGAAAAUAGCGGUCCCCCCCCCAAAAAAAAAAUCACUUUGCAUUGACACAAGAGCUUCGUUCAGCUAAGCUACCACGGGGUAGCCUCCUUUGGUCUCGUGACCAGCGCUUCAGCAUGCAGCGGCGUUGACUUGCCGUGCAAGAGCAGAUUUUAAAAAUCUCGUCUUUUCUGGAGUUGCUAGGGGUUAAUUGUGACAAUGGAAGUUACAUCGGGCGCAAUUUUGUAAGGGGCCACUAGGUGUCGCCAGAGGACAAGGUUAACAGAAAGAGAGACUGCUCACAUGACGUCAGAGGCUGGCUGUUCUGUGCGAGAUUCACCAUUAGAGUUGUUUAUUCCGCACGUUGAUGCAUUCUUCCGGCUUUUCAGGUGUGUAUGCAAGAUUAACGGCCUCGUUCAGUAUUGUGUUUUCAUUAGAGAUGUAUUGCAAAGCCUAGUGCUUGAGACUAACAGAACUCUAGAAACCCUCGAAGUGUUUACGAGUUUGUGUGGAUGUUCGUUUGCAUUUCUACUUCGCAUAGUUUUAACCUUUGUCUAGCAACUGUUGGGACUGGAAUAGAGUAACAAAGGAGACCAGCCUGGUCAUGUCUUUGGAAAUAUGGUUAUAAAUCGGCAGCGAGAUUUGCCUUUCCUAUUCGAAGGGUGCUGUGAUUGCGAUUUGAGGCCCCUAUGACUUAGCGUGAUUUUAAUUCAAGGCUGUGCUGUUAAUAUGCAAGAAGAAAAUUCCAAUAUUACUUGCAUUUAUUGAUAUGGGGGGGGGGGUCAAGCGGCAACCCUGUGCUCACUUACCAGGGAGUAAGUCCCAUAGAACUCAGCAGAGCAAUCUUACACACUUAUUCUCAGAAUUGAAAUGAUGUUGCUGAGAAAUCAAGUAAACCAAACUACGGUAACUAGUUUUUCAGAUAACAAAUUUAAAAUGCAAUGCUAGUACGCAAUGUUAGUAUGUUGUAGUGCUUUUUGUGCAGUAACUCCGAUCGCUGGGUUCACACUUCCGCCCCCCCCUAACUAAACUUGUCUUUGAAAGUCAGAGCUCUUAACCUUCCUGCACAGCCUUAAUUGGUAAAAACGUCCUGUUAGGCAAAUUUCUUUUCUUCCAGAGGCAUCCUUUCCUCUUUCCCUCCCCCUCCCCUUUUCUUUAGUGGGUAACAAUGAAAGGCAGUAGUAGUCACAGCUUUUGUCUCUCUGUUUGCGAAAUAUCAAUGAUGCAGCAAUGGUCAGCACAGGACAUUCGUGACCGAUUUGGCCUUCCUGUGGUGCUGGGAAGUCAAGUCAGGCAUUGCAAAACCUGGCAAGCAUGGGCGAUUACGUAAGGAACCAGACAGUUUACUGAGAAGUGCCUGCUCUUCUAUGUUUGUUUUGCCGCACUUUGGGGUUGCUUUGCUAUUUCUAGCAUAAGUAGUUGCAUUAUGCAGUCUGGCAGAAAAUACCCAGCAAUGCAAUAAAGUCAUUUUUGGAUUUGAGUAAAAAGAACACAGAGGGAGAGAGAGAGAGAGAGGGAAACUAGCAGUUUCUUGUGACUUGGGCAGAUUGUGAGAUAUAAAGUUUAAAACCCCUAAAAUUGUGAGCUGAGGUUCACAAGUUUUAAGAGGGGGAACUGCACACAUUUAGCUUGGUGUGGGGAGUGGGACACUCCUUUAUCUGUUCUUGACCUUGUUGUAAAGUUAAUACGCUCUUCGUGGCUUUUUAACAAUGAGAUUUACCCUUGAGGGAAGCAUUAAGAAUUAUCUACUCAAGUUACUCUGGAAAACGAAGGCAUGGCAGGACUGGAAGAAAAUAUAUCUUGCUUGAAAGGUUUCCAUGUCUGUAGCUAGUGUCUUUAUCUUCCGUUUGAUGUGUUAAACUUUGAACUACAUAGUAACCACAGAAAUAACUUGUGAUGUAAAAGUAGAAGCAGUUUCAGAGCUACUCAUAAUUGGGCUUCAGAAACCUUGAACAAAUAAAAAAAUUUGGGGGGGGCAGCAUCCCUAGGUAGUCACAAAAACCCUGUUCUGUUGCUCUCUGCUCCCCACCCCAAAUAAUAAUUUUAUUAUUUAUACCCUGUCCAUCUGGCUCGGUUGCCCAUUGUAGGAGGUGGGGAACUGGGAUGAGCCCCUUGGCUCUGGCCCUCCUGCAUGCCCCCUUGUCAUUCCUGCAAAAAAACCCAACCACCCCGUUUUGGGGCCUGUCUGCAGCAGCGGGGGUGGAGUCAGGGUCCUCAAUCAUCUACAAGAGAAGAGAGGGGCUGUGUCAAUGGAUUUGUCCUUGCUCUCCCCAUCACAUGAUGGGAACUGUAGGGCAAGGGGAGCAGCUGGGCCAAGAAUUUUCUGCCUGUUUUAUCCUUUCAAUAACACUGAGAUGUAGCUUAAGCUAAAAGAUGGGGACAGGCCCAAGGCCACCCAGUGAGCUUCAUGGUGGCAUGGAGAUACGAACCUCCUGGUCCUGUACUGGUUCUUGGGUCACAUAUAUUGCAUUAUGGAGGGAAGUGCAGUGGUGAAUUCAUUUGCUUUGAUUUAUGUGCAGAAAACCUUGCUCUGUGUUAGCUAAUCAGAGAUGGGCGUUUACUGAUGAAUUUGCCUCUUCUUUGCUUCGUUUUCAGUUUAUUCCAUGGGCAACAGUACCAGCAGGCUAUAUAGUGCUCUUGCAAAGACUCUGAGUACUGGUGCUGUCUCCAAACACCAGGAAUACUUGGAACAAACGGAUCCUGACUUCUUGGAUCCCAUUGAUCCCAAGGAUCUGCUUGAAGAAUGCCAGGUGGUUCUUCAGAAACGUCCUGCCCGGUUCCAGAGGGACUUUGUGAACCUGAGGACCAGCUUUUCCAGAAGCCACCGACCUAUUAGGGUCAUGCAGUGGAACAUCCUUGCACAAGGUAUAAACCCUGAUUCUUGAGUCAUUGUAGAGUCCAAAUGUGGUUGUGGUUGGGAAAAUACAGACAGAAUACAGUUGAUCGCUCUCCUAGACAAUAAUGGGCAAAAAUCGAAGAGAGAAAACAUGGAAAAUCUGGUGUAUUGACCUUGGACUGUGGCAUCUAAACAGCAUCAGGUUAUAUAAUAUCUUUGAAACUUGAAAAACUAUGGGCAGCGUCUGCUGAGGAUUCAAAAGGGCAGGGUUUCUGUCUCUAUACAUAAUCAUGGGGGGAACUGGGGGCAUCAAAAGUAGCUCUGUGAAAUGAGCAGCAUGUAAGUUUACUUACCUUGCAUCAUUUGCAAGCUACAGAACUCUGACCCAUUUUAUUUUUAAAAAAUAAGUAUGUGGUAGACACAGCCUUGGGUGUAUAUAUAUAUAUAUUUGCUCUGUUUUUGUAAGGUCCCUUGAAUGAUUUCAUGGCAGAAAGAAAGCAGGAGGUUGAAAACCUUUAGGAGUUACUGGGCAUUCUAGAAGCUUGAGAUGCUCUUUAGACACACAUCUCAUCACAUGCUUAAACUGCUUCUAGCCUCUUAGCAGGCUAGUAACUUUUGUGGGCUUAUAUUGCAACGCUUUUCUAACAAAUGGAAUAGGCUACUUGUUUUCCCACAAGUGUGUUUUGGAAGGGAAAAUAAUGCUAUGGAUUUAUUGCUUUCCUUCCAGCUCUUGGAGAAGGCAAGGACAACUUUAUUCAGUGCCCGAGGGAAGCCCUGAGGUGGGAAGAAAGGAAAUGCCUCAUUCUAGAAGAGAUCCUGGCAUAUCAGCCAGACAUCUUGUGCCUACAGGAAGUGGACCACUACUUUGACACCUUCCAGCCUCUGCUCAGCCGGCUGGGCUACCAAUGUACUUUCUUCCCUAAACCGUGGUCUCCAUGUUUAGACGUGGAAUGUAACAACGGGCCAGACGGCUGUGCCUUAUUCUUCCUCAAGGACAGGUUCACUCUCGUCAACAGCACCAACAUCAGGCUGACCGCCAUGAAGCUGAAAACCAACCAAGUCGCCAUUGCUCAGAUUCUGAAAUGUAACGAAACCGGCAAACUGUUCUGCACUGCUGUUACUCACCUGAAAGCUCGCAACGGCUGGGAGAGAUUUAGGUCUGCGCAAGGGGCCGAUCUUCUGGAGAACCUGAAGAAGAUCACCCAGGAGGCAGAGGUCCCUCUCAUCGUCUGUGGCGAUUUCAACGCGGAGCCCACCGAAGAGGUGUACAAGGAAUUCUCAAAUUCUAGCCUGAACCUAAACAGCGCUUAUAAGCUGCUGAGUGCAGACGGACUGUCAGAACCUCCCUAUACGACGUGGAAGAUCCGACCCUCUGGAGAGUGCAGGCACACCCUCGAUUACAUCUGGUACUCUCAACAUGCCUUAAACGUGAAUGCUGCUCUCAGUCUCCUGACUGAGGAGCAAAUUGGACCCAACAGGCUACCGUCUUUCACUUACCCCUCAGAUCACCUGUCUUUAGUAUGUGACUUCACAUUUAAUGAAGAUCCUGACAGGCUUUUAUAAAUAGGUGCAAGUAGCUGGAUGUGUGGGUGUGUGGUUGGUUUUUUAUAUUUAAAAAGAUGUACUGUGUUUAUGCAGUGGCCUUUUAAAAUGGGCUUCUGAAGACUUCAGGGGGGUGGUUAUUUAUGAACGGAGAACUAAUGGUUUUAUUUUCAACUCUCUUGUCGAAAGACACUUUUGUCAUUAAACACCUUGCUGUGAUAUUAGAAGAAAAAACAAACAAACCAACAAAAAACAUGGCUACUUAAAUUUGAGGCAUGCUUUAUGUUUUCACCGUCCCCUGGUUUGGAGGACUGAUUCUGUAACAAAUGCAGAUCUUUAUUUGAAGACCUUUGCUAGAGCAGUUGCCCUCAUUGUAGCAUGGUUAUUCUGUAUUUGAACGAAGUGGGCCAAAAGGGUAUCACACACGAUAGGGUGUUUUUUUCAAUAUUGCAAUUAAAGAUGUGCUGAAUGACCAAACUUUGGUAGUGUAGGACCCGUUACAUUUUGAACAUGUAAAGGACUAUAGCACUGGUAUUAGCUAAUUAAAAUAUUCCUGAACUUGCACUGGAUGAUGUCUCUUUCCUGAGUAAAUUGAGGCAAGACUGGUCAACCUUAGAAGCGCUAUUGAGCUUGCAACCUUUCCUGUGUUGAAGCUGCCCUAUUCAAGGGAGAACGUGCCAAUUUCCUCUCUGCUUCACAGCGAAGUUGUUUGGGAAGAAGUUUCUUUGCAGAACAUUAUGGGCAGCAAGAAUUCCCUAGGCUACCACAGUCCCAACCUGAAUUGAGAGACCUCCAUCUGCUUUUAGUCCCCAUGUCUUGUUGAACUCAGGAGAAUCUGCCUUCAACUUAAUAUGCCUAGGAAUGUGCUGUCAACCCACAAUCACCAAAGCUGGCAAAGCCACAAUAGCAGCUGUAAACCUUAAUCCCUUCUGAAACCCUGAAGGUCUUAUGGAAGGGAAUGUGAACAGGGACAAAGCUGUUUCCUCUUAAUGCCAGGUUACCAAGUGGGAAGGCAGCCCUCAAAAAUAGGUAGGAAAGGAGAUGUCCUCUCUUCUCCAUACAUGAAGGACUGUGGCUCGUCUGCCCAACCCAAAGUCUUUUCCCACCCGUGUUCAAUGCCAGGUUUCCCUUUUUUCCCCCUUUCAGGUGCCUGUCUCUUUCCCCUCAUUCUCUUGAACAACUUCCUUUUCGUACUCCGUCUGUGACCCGAGUAACUUUGUCAACAUUGCAUAGCAACCCUUCGAAUUAGUGCAGGAGUCGGAAUGGCGACCAGAGACCCUGUGACACAGAUGGGCAGUUGAGCCAAUUACAGCUGAAGAUUUUGGACUGCGUCCAGGGGUGGCGUUGCCUGUGUGGAAAGUACUUUUACUGUUGCAAGGCAGGAAACAAUAUUUUGUUUGGGGAUCCCUGCUACCCACUUAAGACCCCAAUUUUGAACUAGCAGGUGCCCUUUCCACCAAGGUAAAAUCACCUUUGGAUUGUCUUAACAAACCACUACAGCUAACACAAAAUCUUUAGCCCAUUACACUGCCACUAGUAACAACUUUGGGGCUUACAUCUUGACUUCCAAGUAAUUCAGGGAAUUCAUAGUGCUAACGUGGAGUAUUGGCUGCUUGUGAAGACACUGGAAAGACCAUACAUGUUUAAGAUGAACUUUUAAAAUAAGAUAUACAUCUAAUAAGCAUGUUUGAUGCUGCCUAACAUCUGCGUAAGGCUGUUAGCCAGAAAAGAAAGGGUCUUGGCCUGUGUGCACUUGAUUUUAAAACAAGAAAUUAAAAUCUGCUAUUUGGGAUUUUGCUGAACUGACUCUAGCAAUGGUGUCAAAGAAUUGUUAUGAUGUGUGUUCUCUUUGCCCAACAGUAAAAAAAAAAAAUCAGGACAUGAACUGCACAGUUAACAGUGAGUUACUUAC